CCGGCCAGACCUGGGGGGGCUGUGAGUGCGGGGACUCGGGUGCGGACCGGAAGGAAGCCUGGGGGUCAGCCUAGGGGUCAGCGCUGGCCCGCGGCGCCCAUCCGCAAAGCCGGCGGCCUCCUGCCCAGGAGCGCAGUUGUUCACUGUUGUUUUUGCGAUGUGAGUGACAUCGGCCGCUUCCUCAGCGUGUUUCAGGAGCCGCAUGCAGGCGUCCUCCAGGCCGCGCGGCAGCUGCUUGAGGAUGAGCAGGCCCCUCUACGGCAGAAGCUGCUGGCCGACCUGCUGCAGAGUGCAAGCCAGAACAUCGCAGCUGAGACGCGGGCCCAGGACCCACCUUGGUUUGACGGCCUGGAGUCCCGCUUUAGGAACAAGUCUGGCUACCUGAGAUACAGCUGUGAGAGCCGGAUCCGGGGCUACCUGAGAGAGGUGAGCAGCUAUGCCUCUGAGGUGGCCGUGGGGGCUCGAGAGGAGUACCUGCGUGUCCUCGGCUCCAUGUGUCAGAAGCUCAAGGCUGUGCAGUACCACGGCAGCUACUUUGACAGAGGGGCCGAGGCCGGAGGCCGGCUGUGUACACUGGAGGGCUGGUUCUCCUGUCAGGGUCCUUUUGACCUGGAAGACUGUGCCUCAAAGCAUUCCAUCAACCCCUACAGCAACCGGGAAAGCCGGAUCCUCUUUAGCACAUGGAACCUGGACCACAUCAUCGAGAAGAAGCGCACCGUUGUACCUACGCUGGCGGAUGCUAUCCAGCAGCAGGGCGGCAGGGAGGUAGACUGGGAGUACUUCUACAGCCUGCUCUUCACCCCGGAGAACCUGAAGCUGGUGCACAUCGCCUGCCACAAGAAGACCACCCACAAGCUCGAGUGUGACCCCCGAAGAAUCUACAGAUCCCGGUUGGGGCCGAAGAGGAGGCGGCCUGCCCGAAAGUGCCAGUGACCCUGUGCUCUGCCCUCCCUCUGCCUUGCCCAGGCUGACUGAAAUGGAAAUGGGUGCUGUUUUUUUUUUGUCAUUCCAGUAGUUCCUGGAGAACGUCAGAGCUGUUUCCUGGGGUCCUGGUGUGAGGUCCGAACCCAUCCACACUGCCUUCUGAGAACCCAGCCUCCAGAGCCAGCAUGCAUGCUCACUGGACACGCUUAGAUCCCAGCUGAGCGUGGGAAAAUGGUCUUGUGCUCAGGGUCCUCCACAUUCUGCCUUUGUCAGCGCUGUGCGUCUCGGGAGGGUCUCUGCUGCCACUGGGGCUGAACGUGGCUGCGAGAGUGAGGGUCGUGUGUUCUUCUGCCUCAGCUCUGUGCUAUUUGCUCACAAAGGGCAGCUUAGUCUCUGGACUCCUCUGAAAGCCACGGAGGGGUGUGACCAUCUGUAAAAUGUUUGCGUGCCAUAAAAGCAAGCCGGGGAGAGACUGCUGAGUUGUAUACAGUGCAGCAUGGGAGACCAGAUGUCCAUAGGGAAUUUGCUGCAUCACGUCGAGCUGUGUGAAUUGCUGUUUCGUGGGUGAAUAAUGGUCAGGUAUCAUUCAUUUCACGAUUCUGCCCAGUCACGUACACAGGCGAGUGGCAGUGUUUGAAGCUUCCUGAGGUGCUUGUACAUGGGAACGGAAAGCCACUGAACGUACAAGAGGUCUGGCUGUGGAGUGUGACCUGCUGGCUUGGGAAGCAGGGACAGUCUGGAAAAACACCCCAAACUGCUCAGAGCAGUAAUCCUAGGGAUGUGGCGGGAGGGGUCACAGCACAAGGGACUUAUUCCUACAUCAUGUAUUUACAAUACUUGAGUUCUUAAAGUGAUCAUUUUGUAGUAGUACUUUAUAAUGUACUUUGCAAAGUGCUAUAUUUUGUAAUAUUUGGAUGUUUUUUACUUACAUAAAAAUAAAGCUUUUCCAAAAGAGACAUGUCCAAAAGCUGUA